GCUCACUUUAGUGCAGUCGGUACGGCGGGUUCCGCUCCCUCUGUAGGGCACUAGGUGAUGGGGAGCGGGGUUAUUUGGACGCGGGCUGAAUGUGCGGUUUGUCGGUCAGGAGGAAUCUGAGCUACACUCUCUCAGCUCUUCUAUGAGGCGUGACUCAUUUCCAGGCAUCAAUGGCUGAUAAUGCACCAGAGGUGGUCAAUAAUGUGCCGCGUGACGGAGCCGAGUCCAACCAGCACACGGACACGGGCAGAUCUUCGGCCCGGUUACGGAGGGAUGUGGAGCUCAACGGCCAGCCUCCGUCCAGUCACGCCCCACAGGUGGUCACCGACAAUGAGGAAGAGGAGGAUGAAGAGCUGACUCUAAAAUACGGAGCCAAGCACGUCAUCAUGUUAUUCGUCCCGGUCACGCUAUGCAUGGUGGUCGUCGUGGCAACCAUUAAGUCGGUCAGCUUUUACACGCAAAAGGAUGGACAACAGCUCAUCUACACCCCUUUCCGCGAAGACACCGACACCGUGGGCCAGCGCGCCGUCAACUCCAUCCUCAACGCCACCAUCAUGAUCAGUGUGAUCGUAGUGAUGACGCUGGUUCUGGUUCUGCUCUACAAGUACCGCUGCUAUAAGGUGAUCCACGCCUGGCUGUUCUUCUCCUCGCUGCUCCUGCUCUUCUUUUUCUCCUUUGUUUAUCUGCUAGAGGUGUUUAAAACGUACAAUGUGGCCAUGGACUACUUCACGCUGGCGGUGAUCAUUUGGAAUUUCGGUGUAGUGGGAAUGAUCUGCGUGCACUGGAAGGGUCCUCUACGUCUGCAGCAGGCUUAUCUCAUCAUGAUCAGUGCCCUCAUGUCCCUGGUGUUCAUCAAGUACCUGCCUGAGUGGACCGCCUGGCUCAUCCUCGCCGUCAUCUCCGUCUACGACCUGUUGGCCGUGUUGUGCCCUAAAGGACCCCUUCGGAUCCUGGUUGAAACGGCUCAAGAAAGGAACGAACCGAUGUUCCCGGGACUCAUCUACUCUUCGACUAUGGUGUGGCUGGUCGGGAUGGCGGACACCGCAGAGACGAGGAAUAAUUCGUCAGAAGCCGCUCCUAAACAAGAGGACCUCGUUGCGACAGCUCCAGUGGCUCAGCCGGAGGACGAAGGGGGUUUCACGCCUGACUGGGUCGACCAACAGGAGCAUCGUCUCGGCCCGCUGCAGUCCACCGAGGAAUCACGGCGUCAGAUCCAGCAGAUGGCGUCAGCGCGCCCACCUCCCCCAGAUGAUGACGAGGAGAGGGGUGUAAAGCUAGGACUUGGUGACUUCAUCUUCUACAGUAUGCUGGUGGGAAAGGCUUCAGCUACAGCCAGCGGGGACUGGAACACAACGCUAGCCUGCUUUGUGGCCAUUCUUAUUGGUUUGUGUCUCACACUCUUGCUCUUGGCCAUCUUUAAGAAAGCCCUCCCAGCCCUUCCCAUCUCCAUUACCUUCGGAUUGAUCUUCUAUUUCGCCACAGACAACCUGGUGCGCCCGUUCAUGGACCAGUUAGCCGUGCACCAGUUCUACAUAUAGCACAAAGAGACCGUGCUGUCCUACAACAUCGCUUCACACUCUGGUCGUCCCACAGAGGACCUGAACAACAGCAGGAACGGGGGGGAGAGGAGACACUUUCCCCACUGCACCGAGUCCUCGGUGACGCCUGUGACUUGAAUAAGAUUAUUAUUAUUUUCCUUAAGUUUGGAGUGGGACCUCAUUUAAUUCAUUCCUCCCAUAAUAUAAUUUUAUUUUUUAUUUUUGCUAAAUGCAGCAUCUCUUCAAUGACCCGAAAUACUGACACUGGCAUUUGUGGUAAACGUGUAGCAGUUGUUUAGGAGAGAGAAAGACAAUGUGAAAUGGGGAUGAUUUUAGCAAAAUGGUUAAUUACCAAAAGAAAAGUCCUAUUUAACUUACACGAACGAAUGUUUUCUAAUAACUGGAUAAGGGAAAAUAAAUAAAUGCAUGGCUUGCUUCUGGGUUGCUGACGGACUCUACACUGCGUUUGUAUUAAACGGAACCGUAUUUGGAUCCGAACGUGCAACAGACUCUAGAUUUUCUAUGUACGUGUACAAAGCAUUACUUCAGUGAUCUGUAAUUUGUUAGUGAUUUUGACUAAGUGGUUGGUACUGAACACUUGUUUGUUUGUUCUUUUUUUUUCCCCCAUCUGUAGUGUGUUUAGAUUAAUGGUAUGGAGUUGAACACUGGCACAGUCCAACCGUGUGUGUUAGUUAAGAUUAUAGUGACUUAUCGCUGCAGGUUGUGUUAAUUAAAAAGGUAGAGGCUACUGUUCUGCUCUCGGCUCCUGAGAGCAUCAUUUUUGGAAUGUAUUAUACGUGCAGUGCUCGGAGUAACCUUCACCAAAGUUUGUGGAAAUGUCAUUGUUUUUGUCUCUGUGUUGUUGAUUUGUUUGUGUUUAUACGGGGCGUCACAAAAGUCUCCAGCGAAACAAUUUUAGCAAAAUAUAACUUUACAAAAUGUUUCUUUGUAAUCACACAUGGAGUCUCUUCUACUCUGUGUGUGUGUACUUUAGAUGCAUUUUUUAAAAUCCAGCCAUGAAAAUUAUUUUAAUAUGAUCUUGUCCAAGCCUUUCUUACAGGCUGUCUAAAAAAUAUAUAUGUAUAUAAGAUUAUGGAAGACAUUUUGCUAAAAGGUGUUAAUUUCUGGCAUCACAGUGGUGGUGAGGGUUUGAUUCCCGCCUCUGUGUGUCUGUUUAUUUCCCUGAUGUAUUGAGAUGUUUGUGACACCCUGUACUAUUACCUCUCAGCCCUCGUUAAUUUCAGCAUUCUUUUCCUACAGAACAGUAUCAUGAUUGUUUUUGUAAAUGGUUUAUAACCACCUUUAAAGUUCUUGAAUAAAGGAGAAGCUCUUUGAGCACA